AAUUUUGUGAGUAAAUCUGUUUACUAGCGACCAGGGAAUUUGGGCUAUGGCCAUUGUUAGAAUUAGUAUAAACACAAGCUAUAAUCCUUCCUAAUACUGACUUUCAAUGACAGUAUUAUGGAAUUUUAUAUAAUAUUUAUAGUGCCAUGAAAUAUAAUAUAAAACAAAGCGGAACUACAAAGCCUUAAAGGUUACACUAGGAAAACAGCACCAAUAAAUAGAAUACAAACCUUUAAACAAACUAUAACCACGAUCGGCAUUAAUACAGAAACAGUUUCUUGCCAAAAUCUUCGAUUUAUCAUAUAUAAAAUAAACACCACUCUCAUCAACGCCAUGUUCGAAAAAAAAGACGGAAAUUGUACGCCUAAAUUCGCUACUUUCCCAAAAGGCACUGGAAACUAAUAACUUUUUGACCCAGUCAUUAACGCACCUGAGUACAUAAGAAGGUACCAACCAGAAGCGCUUAUCAUGCCUGGACUGGGAGAGUACCAGAACACGUCGUACAGGAGAUGCGACGCUUGGAGAAAGGGAUACAGAGGUGGACAGCCAGAUCUCAUAAUAAUGACUCCAAGUAAUGGCUACCACGGAUUCGCAAUAGAGCUCAAGACUCCUAAGGGCACAGGGACAACCAGGUGUCAUGGCUAAACACAGGGCGAAAAAACAGAUUUGCACUAGGCUUUGCAACCCGGUGCAAAGGUGCCAUUGCCGUAAUCGCAUCAAAUUUGCAAGGUUGCAAAUAUUUUGGCAAAUUUAGAAACCAAAUUAUGGACGAAAAUACCCACAAAUUCACGUGUGCAAAUGAAAGGUAAUUUGAGCCAAAUUUAUCCUAUACCCAUUCCCUCUCAAAAAAGAGAAUUGUAUUUACCAAUAUCAGGGUAAAAAUUUAUUUACCAAUUUGCUUUCCAAAUUUGAACAAAAUUUGCACAAUAGCAAAUUUGAUGCGAUUACGGCAAUGGCACCUUUGCAGGGGGUUGCAAAGUUGGAGCAAAUCUAUUUUUUCGUCCUGUGAAAGGCGCUAAAUGAAAGUGGAUACCAGACAUUAAUAUCUAAUGAUUACACAGAGAUAGUGCUGGAUAUAGAGGAUUACUUUAGGGUCAACAAAACAGAGAAAUUUCUAAAGGAAAUAAAGAAUCUAAAGGUAAAGUGUAAAACUCUGAAGUCCAGUAAGGAAAUCAUAGUUAGACGAAUCGGUUACACGGUAGGUAAGUACUAGAGUGGAAAUUAUAGUAACACUUAGAAAAUGUUCGGCGAAUACAGUCGGGCAUUUUUUAAGCAAUCCCAUCUGUGUAGACAUCUAUGUAGACAUCUAUGUAGACAUCUAUGUAGAUCUAUGUAGUUAAACAUAUGGUACCUAUAUAGAAUGGCUGAUGAAUCUGAUACAAAGAAAGUUCCUGUUACAAGUGAAAAGAAGAAAUACCCGAAGAGGGUAGAGGCUGGAAAGAGGCUAGCGAUUUUGAGUAAAGCUGCAAGGGAGAGGAAGAUGAAGGAGGUGGCUAAACCUAAGGAGUCGUCUAGUAAUGACAGUACGAUUACCUACAUAGGAGUGGUUAUUGCAUUGACAUCCCUAGUGCUAGCAUAUAAAACACAUCAGAGGGAAACUAGGGAACCAGAACCUGAGUACAUCCCUAAAACUGUAGAAGUAACUAAGAGGGCUGAUGAGUCCAAGUUAGAUUCACUUGAAUGAUACACUAAACAUACCAUAUAUUAUAACAAAAUGAGUAAGGUAAAUACUGACGAUGUUGCGGACAGAUUAGAGAUGGGAGGUGAAGUGUACGAUGCAUUACUACUUACAGCUGGAGCAAUUGGAGUUUCAAUGGCAUCUAAGAAACUACUGAAGGAACCGUUAGGUACACCAGAGAACACAAAGGGAAUGUUAAAGUUAGCUGUCUCUGUUAGUCUUUCAUCCCUACUGGUGGCGUACCUGAAGAAACAUAAGUUUAUCCCUGAUAAUUCAACUAAACCUGUAGAGAAGAAGGAUAUCUGAAACAUCGGUAAAACUAUACAAUGGCGAGUGCAGUAGCAGGAGUACUCUUCAAUGCAUUUGCAUUUGCGGGAGCAGGAUACCUAUUUAAAAUGUUUGAUAAGAACGGAUACGCUGAGAAGCUAAGAGACAUAACCUUGCAAUGGAGAACCUAACAGCUGAAAGAGAAAAGUACCUUCAGGAGGUUACUGAUAGGAGAAAUAGGAUUGCUCAGCUGAAUUCAGAACUAGCUGAGGCAAAUAGUAAUAUUAAAUCAACGAACCAAUCAUUGGAACUCGUCAGAAGAAUCAAUGAAAUAAGACGUAAGGCUAUGCCAAGGAAGCCGCAAUUGAGUAAUCACUACAAACCUAGCUCUGAGAUGGAAGAAUACAAGGCAAUCUUUGGUUUAAUUGCAGGUGGGGUGGUUGAAGGGGCAGCUUAUUUAAUGCUAUAGAAAAUGCCAUAAAAAUUUUCACACCUAUAAGUAUAGAGAAAUGGAAUGGUUACAGAUGGCAACACCUGAGGAGAUGGCACAUGUAGGUAAAAAGGUAAAUACAGUGAAAGAGUUAGAGGCUGCUGUGAGGAAGCACGCAGAGAGUAGAAUAAAGAGAAAACACACAUAUGAUCCAAUAUGUAGCGAAUGUGGGAGUAAGUCUAUUGUAAUUAUAGAUGGAGCAGAUACAUGCACACAGUGUGGUUCCAGUGAUAUGAAUAACUUCUCAUACUACGUUAGUUACAACUACAACAAGGACGACUAUCUGCAGAAGAAGUCUUGUCACAAUAGAGUCCGUUGGUUUCAGAGACACUUAUUCGAACAUGUUGCUUCUAGGGAUAGGGACAUCAUAAGGGAGCAGUUUAGAAGCAUCGUAGAUGUAUACAAAGACUUAGACUGCAAAGGGGGCGCAACAUAGUCAGAUACAAGUUUUACCUACUGAGGAUAGCUAGUAUGAAUGGUAUCACUUUGAGGAACCCUCCCGGAGACAUUAAAACUCAAAGGAUAGGGGACAUCCUUGAGGAUAGGUUGUAUGGGAAAGUUUUUGUUGAGCUUGGAUGGAAGCCUGAAAAAUGUAAAUAUUAUAAUAAAUGGAAAAUGAAGAAUUUAUUACAAUAAAUGAUUAAUUUUAAUAUAAUAAAAAUAAAUUAUUAAUUUUAAUGCAAUAAAAAUAAAUGAUUAAUUUUAAUAUAAUAAAAAUAAAUGAUUAAUUUAUUGGGAAAAUAAUUGGGGUAUUUAAUUGGUAAUAAAUUAUUAAUUAAAUAACCCAAUUUUUUUUACACAUAUAGUAUAUACGAAGAGUUGAAAAAUAUGGCGGGUAACUUUAACAUGAACGAAUUCAGUGUAGAACAACUUUUGGCUCUCCACAGUAUCAUAGACAGUGAUGAGGAUACAGAUACAAGAGUAGAAGACAUGCUGAAGGAUAGAAACUACAGGAUCACUCCUGACGAUAAGGGUGAAAGUCCAUUCCAAGAAGAAAGACAAUUUGUAGAUGAAGUUGACCGUUAUAUGGAAACAAAGAAACCAAGACGUAUUCUUAAAACUAUAAGGGUAGAAGAGGAAUUAUGCCAACAUGGAAGUACUCUGACAGACAAAAGGCUAAGGCGCUACUUGUAGAGGAGGCAUACCAGAGUUUACUAUCAAAGGGUGUUCAGCGGUUACCUCCAACGAUGGGAGGUAGAUGGCGUACAGACGAUGUUCUUGUUGAUGAGGAAAUUAAGAGAAUCGAUAACGAAAGGAAUCCUAACGUAAAGCGUCCCAGAGGUAGACCACCAAAGGCAAAGGUUGAUGCUGAAGUGAAGGUGCCAAAGAAGAGGGGCAGACCACCAAAGGUAAAGACUGAUGCUGAAGUGAAGGUGCCAAAGAAGAGGGGCAGACCACCAAAGGUAAAGACUGAUGCUGAAGUGAAGAUACCUAAAAAGAGAGGUAGACCACCAAAGGUAAAGGUUGAUGCUAAGGUUAGAAAGCAAACUGGAGCAGAAAGAUUCCUGAAUCAGAGGAAGGUAAAACUCUCAGUGCCAGCAGAUAGUGUCAUAACUCCAACAGGUCCAGGUAAGUUCAAAGUUCACGCGGAUCUUAAUAAGAGACCUGUGAGAAAAGCUCCUGAGGUGCCUAAGGGUGUAGUUCCGUGGAAACCGAUACCUAAGCCUAGAACGGUACUUCCUAGGGAAAACCUGUACCGAAACCUAGAACUAAGCUACUUAAUGAAAGACCUGUACCGAAACCUAGGACUAGGAAACCAGUGUCUCCUCCUAAGGUCCGUAAGCCUGUAAGGGUGUCGAGGGAAGUCAAGGAGCAGCCUACAGUGGUUACCCACGAGGGACAAGAAAUUGAUCCAUUUGGAACAGACCUUGAAAAGCCAUUCCACAGGAAAAUCGAAAUAGCCGCAAACGGAGCCGCCGUGACUUACUCAAUAAUUCCUCAUUAUAUGGACCCUCUGGACCAGAUGACUGCAAGUAGACAGGUAGUGAGAGGAAUACUUGUGAAUGAGUUGAAGAGAAUGGGUGGGCUGAAGUACACAGAGACUCUGAAGGUGAGAAUGUCAAGGGAAAUUGGUGAUGGAAAAACCAGGAAGGACUCAGUCUACUUCAAAUCUAAGACUGGUACUGCAACUAACUUCGAGGACAUUGAAAGUACUGCUGCUCAAAACCAACUGACAAUAUUGUCUAGGAUUGAAACCUUCCAAAACCUAGGUUCAAACUGGAUUAUACUCAAUAUUGAGAGUCAUUAUGUGAACAUUGCAAUGUACAAACCACUAGCUGGGAGUACAUACAUGGAACUUCCUAAGGACAUUAGUAAUUCAAUGUGUGGACUCAUUAAUAUGAAGAAUGAUGACGACAUGUGCUUUAUGUGGUGUCAUGUGAGACAUCUAAAUCCUAGGGCUAGGAGGGCAACCACUAUUACCAAAAAGGACAGGGAAUUCAAAAUGAACCUGGAUUAUGAAGGUAUUGACUUCCCCGUGAAGAUAAGAGAUAUUGAUAAGAUUGAGAGGAAAAAUAGUAUCAACAUAUCAGUGUUCGGUUUAUUAUUAUUAUUAUUAUUAAAGGUUUAUUAAGAAACACAUUUUGGAACCCGAAGGUGAAUUGCAAUAUGCUUACAGAAACAUAAUAAAAGAUGAGUAUCAAAUAAUAUAAAUAUAAAUAUAUCGUAUAUGUACAGUUGUUAUAAUACUACAAAUUAUUUACUAUUAAAAUUAGCAGUCAUUGCUGGUAUAAAACUAGUUUUAAAACGUUCCGUUCUGCAUUUAGUUAAUGUGAAGUUAGAAUUGUUUCUUAAGUCCAGUUCAUGCGAUUCUUCACGGAGUGGGGGUAAGAGGUGGUUGAGGUGAGCAUCGGGUUUUAAGAUCUUUUUGAAUGUUUUAGCACAUAGCUCUUGACGUCUGUCGACAAGGCGCUUGCAUUUAGCGAUGUUGAGAGCAUCUUCGUAAUCUGUUGUCGGAUAAAUAAUACGGAAAGCUCUUUUUUGAACUUUUUCAAUUUUAUCCCCCAAACACUUUGGUAACAUGGUGUGCCAGACAGGACAGGCAUAUUCUAAGAUAGAGCGCACCAUAGAAAAGUAGACUAGUAAGAGGUCAUUGGGGGGAAGACCACAGCGCUGUAGGACACGAAUAAUGUAUAAGCGUUUUGAGGCCUUUUAAGUAACGCUUCAGUGUUAUCUUGCCAUUUAAAUUUAUUGUUCAUGGUUAAGCCCAAAAUUUUGAAAGAAGGAACUAAGUCUAGAGGUAAACCAUCAAUGAGGAGUCGGGGGAUGUCAUUCUCGCUACGGACGAAACUCACUAUCAUUUCUUUGCAUUUCUUUCCGUUCAAUUUCAUGUUGUUAUUAACAGUCCAUCUUUCAAUUGUGUUAAGAUCAGAUUGUAGGACUGAAACUUCAUUUUUCUUUAAGGACUCCGAUAUUGUUACGUCAUCCACGUAUUUCCAAUGGUCAGUGCUAGAGGAUGCCAGUUCAAGAUCGUUGAUCAUAAUUAUGAACAAAAUAGGGCCCAAUUUGGUUCCUUGAGGGACACCUGCGUUAUUGAUGCCCCAAUCAGAUUGGAAAUUGUCGAUCUUUACCGAUUGACGGCGAUUUGAGAGAAAGCUGCAUAUCCAUGGAAUAAGCGACAAUCUGACGCCAAGGGCCAGCAACUUUGGGACCAGGAUAUUAUGGUCGAUGCGGUCGAACGCUUUACUAAAAUCGAGGAAAACGAUCCGCAGAUAGCUCGAUUUAUCAUCCAAUGUUCUUAGCCAAUUGUUGAUCAUAUCGAUCAAGCAAAACGUUGUAGAGGUUCCUUUAAGGCAACCAAAUUGUUGCGGGUUGAUUUUAUGUUUCACGUCAUCCACCAUCCAAUUGACCACAAAGUCCUCAAGAAUUUUGGACAAAGAGGCUGUAAGGGAGAUUGGGCGCAACUCCUCCUCACAGGAUACGGAUGGCGCUUUAGGAAUUGGUGUAAUUAAUGCAUCUUUCCAUAUGUUAGGGAAUUCACCAGUGGACAGAGAUGUAUUAAAGAUGUGACAUACAGGUUCGGCCAAUUCGUACGCGAAAUCCUUAAUAAUCCGGUUAGGAAUAUUGUCAGGACCGCUGGAUUUGAAAACUUUUGUAUUGAGCAUCUUAGUGCAAACUUCGUCAGGGAAAAUUUUUGGUACAGGCCUUGGUGCAGGGAGAAAGGCAGGUAGCAGGAGAGGAUUCAGUGGUGGUAGGUCAUUACUCACGCUUAAGAAAUAGGUGUUAAGUGAUUGGGCGAGAUCUUUACCAGAUAGAGUGGUACACUGGAUUUUAGGUGUUGUACCUUGUUCGUAUAAUAUGCACGGUUUUUCACUCCUAUGUCGUUUCGGACAUUAAGUCUAUAGUGACGCCAGAGGUCAAGGUUACCAGAAUGAAAGGCUUUUUGCCUUUGAUAAAUCAGUUUUUUAAUGCAGGCGUCAUCCAUGGUUUGUCAGAGUAAUGAAUUCUAAUAACCUUAGAUGGGAAUAACCUAUCAACAGCAGAAUUUAACUCGUUGGUAAAGGAGGACGCUAGAGCGGUCGCAGAGUUUUUGCUUUCGGCAUCAGAGAACCACUCACGUGAGCAGCACCAUCUUCCAAAAGCUGCACGUGCCGACAUGGGGAAGGAACGUAUGUUUUUCUUAAUUGUUUUAUUAUCUGUUCUUAAAACGUUAGUUUUCGCGGACCAUUUAACCAUGUUGUGAUCUGAUGAGCCGAGCGGUGCUAUAAUCACAGGCUUAGAAUACAAGGCAUCUAGAUUAGUAACAAUUAGAUCCAAGAUGUUACCUUCACGCGUUGGGGUGUCCACUAUUUGCGUAAGAUUGUGAUGGCACAGGAGAUCGCUGAUAUCUAAAUUGUUGAAAUCACCGAGUAAGACAACACCGCAGUCGGGGUGGGUACAUCUAACUCGGUCAAUCUGUUCGAUAAGAUAGGCCGUUAAUUCCUUUUGCUCAUUGACUGGUGUAUCAGGCGGGUUAUAUAGGACACAGCAGAUUAAUCCAGUUAGGUGUCUUGGGAGGCGGUGGGGUCGUAGCCAUAACCAUAAGCAUUCAUGAGAGGGGUUUUCAAGGUCCAUUCUUCUUUUAGCUGGGAUAUAUUUGUCGAGAUGAAAGCGCAGACACCCCCAACACGGCUGUAAGAUCUAUCAUUGCGAAAAAUGUUGCAAUUAUUUAUGUAAAUUAGUUGCUCAGGAACAGUAUCUUUGAGCCACGUUUCAGUUACAGCAAUAAACUCUAUAGAAUGUAUUGAUAGUAAGAGGGAUAGCUCGUCUAUUUUGGGUAACAGUGAGCGAGCAUUUAUAAGAAGAAAACUCGGUAAUCUUGAUAUGUUGUUUCGGUUCAUAGCCUGGUCAUGUAUUGAAGUACUGACUAAUUUCAGUUGUCUAUGAUUAUUAAUGUAGUUAACGACGGUUUUUGAACGGUUGUUAGUAAUUCUCAAAGGGAUCUUGCGAGUAUUAGCGCUAACGACAGGGAUUAUACCAGUGUUUCUGCAUACCGUGCCCUGCAAUAGGGGGGGAUUUGGAAGGUGUAGGGAGGGCAUAAAGGGGUCUCCACUAGCGGUUUCGGGGGAGAUUGAAAAAACCCCGGUCCAUUGGGGUGCCAUUGAACGCUUUGAUUGUAACCGGACCAGUGUUUUCUUUGUUGCGGGACUAUAGGCUGUCGAUUGUCGUAAAAAGGCGGAGGAGUAGGAUAGUUCUUGAUAGGCCUUAUUGGCUGUAUGCUAUGAGGAAAAGUGGCGCAAUGAAAAAAAUCGCACCUAGUGCCCUUAAGGCAGAAGCGUCGCUUUUGUAGGAAAGGACAGGGCACCAAAUGUUUCUGUUCUUCAUGCGGAUGUUUGAAGUUGUUGUAUAUUCAUAUCCGGUUAGUCACUUCCUGUUUUAUGUAAUAUAAAUAAGCCAGCUUCUCUGUGGCAAUGUACAACAACAAUAAAAUAUAUAGUCAAAGUAUACUUCACAAUCCUUAUCAAUCUGAGAGUUAGAUCGAGUCAAGACAACAUAACAUGGUGGCAGCGAUUGGGAUAAAAACCCCAGCUUGUUAAUGUGAGCGAUUUUUCGACACCAGCGAUAGAGACGAAAGAAAUAUUGGACAAAACAUUUCGAUACAAAACACUCGAAAAUGGCGUUCAGUGCACCGUUUUCAGCACCUCAAAUGGAUUGGGAAACUAACGACUCGAUCUUAGCUUUUGGCAAAUUCAAGCAAAAAUGUGAGCUGAUGUUCAAAAGUAUACUCAAAGACGCUGAAGGAGAAGAACAAGUCAGCUAUAUCCUGCUAUGGGUUGGCGAGCAAGGUCUCGACAUCUACAACAGUUGGACAUUCGAUGACGUGAAAGACCAAAAAGACCCAGCGAAUAUUCUCGAUAGAUUUAUGGAACAUUUGGAGCCACGGACAAAUCAUCGAAUUCACAGGUAUACUUUACAAGGUAUGCGACAAGACCAAGGUGAGUCAAUCGAUAAUUUUAUUGCCAAGAUUAAAAAUAUCGCAGCCAAAUGCAAGUUUAAUGGCAAUGAAGAAAUCGAGGACAGAUUAUUAGAUCAAUUAAUUUGGGGUACAAAUGAUCUUGAAGUUCAGAAAUCCUUAAUUGGACGCGAUGAAAAACUAACAUUAAAUACUGCCAUAGAUAUUGCUAGAAGUUAUGAAGCAACGAAGCGUCAAAUGAAUUCAUCAUCAAAUCAAAAUAAGGGAAAUCCCCCAGCGAAUUGAUAACAUUACUCGCAAGAAAUUGAACGCUGAUAAUAAAAAUCAUAAUAAUAUUAUUCAGUGUAGAAAUUGUGGCAAAACUCACAAACUGCCACAUAAAGGGAACUGUCCAGCCCAUGGUACCACAUGUAGGAAUUGUGGCCAAUUAAAUCACUGGCAAUUAGUAUGCAAAUCACCUAAGAGCCAACAUAGAUCAAAGUCCCCAUACCGAAAAAACAAAAAAUCCAUUAAUAGUCUUGAGAAACAAAAUGAGGCUGACCCGUAUACAGAUAUCCCAACAAUUGGCACUAUUGAAAUAAAUAGUGUGGAAAAUCAUAAUAAUACUACUAGUGAAGAAAUAUUUACUACCCUACGUGUUAACCGUAAGAAUAAUGGAGAUAUAAAUUUAAAAUGCAAUGUAGAUACGGGUGCUCAGAGCAAUGUAUUGCCAAUUCAUUUGUUUCGUGUUCUAUAUCCUGAAUUAAUUAAUGCAGAAGGAAUGCCCAGGGACGGUGCUCCGCAAAGAAGUGAUGUUAUUUUAACUGCAUAUGGGGGAUCUGAGAUUACCCAAUUUGGAAAAAUACUGAUACCAUGUCAACAUAAAAGGGGGAAAUUUAACUGUAUUUUUUACAUAACUGAUGCAGUAGGACCAGCUAUAUUGGGAAUAAAAGCGUGUAGAGCCCUUGAACUGGUUUCACUUCAUUGUGCACUGGAAACAAAAAGUGUGCAAGGAAAGAACGUCUCUCGAGAUGUUGCCCAGGGGCCUAGCAAAGAGGAAGUAAAGCCCAGUAAGACUGUUAGAUUUGCAGAUCAAGCAAAGAUAAUAAAUCAGCAACAAAUCGGUCCAGAAAUUAUAUUAAACCUUCUGUGCCAAUAACAAGCCGUCCUCGUAUAAAGGACAAAGAGCAUCUGAUUGAGAUGUACCCAGAAUGUUUUGACGGGUCAGUUGGAUGUUUUGAAGAUUACACUUACCAUAUUACCCUAGAUCCUAAAGUUCAACCAGUUGUUCAUGCACCUCGCAGAGUACCAUUAGAACUGGUAGAUAAACUAAAUUUCGAACUUAAUGAGAUGGAAAAGAACGGGGUAAUAGAAAAAGUAACAAAACCUACCGAUUGGGUUAAUUCUAUAGUUAUAAGAGAAAAGCCCAAUGGAAGACUUCGUUUAUGUCUUGACCCUAAAGACUUAAAUGAAGCAAUCAUGAGGGAUCAUUACCCAACACCCACCUUAGAGGAAAUCACCCCAAAGUUAGCUGGAGCUAGGGUAUUCAGCAAAAUAGAUGCUCGUAACGGAUACUGGAAUGUUAAGUUGGAUGACGAAUCAUCCUAUCUAACCACUUUCAACACACCGAAUGGUCGUUAUAGAUUCCUUAGGAUGCCAUUUGGUCUUCGAAUGAGCCAAGAUGUUUUUCAAUUCAAGAUCGAUGAAACUUAUCGGAACUGUCCUGGUGCUACUGGGAUCGCAGACGAUAUCACAGUCCAUGGCCGAGAUGAAUCAAAUCACGAUCUACAUCUUCAUGAUGCAAUGGAACGUACAAGAAUGGCUGGCAUCAAACUCAACCAAGAGAAGUGCAUCAUCAAGACGUCCGAAUGCAGUUUUUUUGGUAUGGUAUACACCUCGAGUGGAGUCAAACCAGAUCCAGAGAAAGUCAUAGCCAUACAGAACAUGGAACCACCCAAAGAUAAGAAAGAACUUCACACGUUCCUUGGUAUGGUCAACUACUUGGCGUCAUUUAUGCCUAACUUGGCGAGUCACACGGCACCUUUGAGGGAGUUACUCCGGGAUAACGUUGAUUACCGAUGGUCCCCAUCCCAUACAAGAGCUUUUGACAUAUUCAAGUGUCAACUAAGCACAGAAAGUACACUCUCUCACUACGACAGAAGCAAAGCAGUUGUGCUACAAGUAGACGCAUCAAGUAAAGGCUUGGGAGCCGUCUUAUUACAAGAGAAUAAGCCCAUUGCCUUUGCAUCGAAAGCUCUAAGUCCUGCUGAGAGUCGGUAUGCCAACAUCGAGCGUGAGUUAUUGGCGGUGGUGUAUGGUUGUGAGAAGUUUCACACAUACUUAUAUGGAAGGCAAUUUGUUGUGAAAAGUGAUCAUCGUCCUUUGGAACAGAUCCAGAAGAAGAAUCUCGACAUGGCACCUCCUCGACUUCAACGAAUGCUCCUACGCUUGCAACCAUACGAUUGUAUCAUCAAAUAUAAGCCAGGCAAAGAGAUGGUGAUAGCAGAUACACUUUCGAGACUGUCACCAAGGGAGGGAGACGAAAUCCCUGGAAUGCAAGUGAAAAUUCAUCAUCUAGUGGAGUUCUCACCUGUCGAACUCCAACAGAUAAAAGACGAAACUGCUAAAGAUGGAACUCUUCAAAUCCUCACCGAGCAAGUUAUGCAAGGAUGGCCUGAUAGCAUAAAGAAAACUCAGCAAGCAAUAAAGCCUUACUGGAAUAACCGAGAUGAUAUCUCUAUUCAAGAGGGAGUUCUACUAUUAGGAAGUAGAAUAAUUGUUCCAAAAUCACUCCGGCAGAAGAUAUUGCAAGAAAUCCACAGUGGUCAUCAAGGGAUGGAGAAGUGAAAACUCCGCGCAAAAUCCUGUGUCUAUUGGCCUGGUAUAUAUAAAGAGAUUGAGAAUAUGGUGGCGUCCUGUUGUGCCUGCAAGAAUUUCCAGAAUUCUCAGCAGAAGGAGCCCAUGAUUCCAAGUGAAGUACCGCCAAGACCAUGGUACACUGUGAGUGCAGACCUGUUCAAGGUAAAUAAUUUCUGGUACAUAGUUAUCGCUGACUAUUAUUCGAAGUUUCCAUUCGUGAAGAAGUUGAAUAAUCUAACAGCAACCACUGUAGUUAAUGUGGUUCGAUCAAUAUUUUCUGAGCAAGGCAUACCAGAAACCCUGAUUUGUGAUAAUGGAAUCCAAUUCACUUCUGCCCAAUUUCAUGACCUAGCGAAGAGAUAUGGUUUCAGAGUGGUGACUUCGUCACCGUACUACCCAAAGGGUCAUGGCUUCAUUGAGAGACAGGUCCAAACUGUGAAGAAGAUCCUGUUGAAAUGCAAAGAAUCAGGAACUGAUCCUAGUCUUGCAUUGCUGUCGUUACGUUCUACACCGUUAAGUGCAACACUCAAAUCUCCAGCAGAGCUACUAAAUGGAAGAAUGUUCAAGACAACAUUACCAGUAAAGAUUCAUCCACCAAACGAUUGGCACGAAACCAGAGACUUGUUAUUAACACAACAAAAGAAACAAGUCAAUCUAUAUAACAGGGAUUCGAAAGAGAAACCAAAUCUCUUUCAAAAUCAAGCUGUACAAGUUCAAGACCCUCUUAAAAAAACAUGGAGUCCAGCGAGAGUAGUUGGGUUCGGACCAACUCCUCGUUCCUAUAUUACGGAAGAUGAAUCCGGAGUUCAAAUACGGAGGAAUAGACAGUUAAUCAAGCGUGACAUCCAGAAGACACCUGGACCAACAAGUCCUGCAGCUGUGAAAGAUAACCAAAGUGAAAAGAGAAAUGUUGAGAUACCUGAUCGACCAGAAGUUCGAACACGCUCAGGUCGUAUAAUUAAAAAGCCGGAUAGGCUAAUGUAUAAGUAGAUAGUAUCGAACAGUCCCAAUGUAUAAGUAGUUAGUAUCGAACAGUCGUAAAUAAGAACACGAUCGGUAAGAUUUAUGCAUUAAUACAAAUACUAUUAGUUAGAAUUAUAAAUUAGAACAUUUGAUAAAAACAAUCUGAAGGUAAACAAUCUAGAGAUAUAUAAAUAAUACUAAAUAUAAUUUUUAUGUAAAAUUAAGAAAACUUGUAAAAAUAUCUUAAAGAAAGGAGGAAGUUGCAUAUUCAUAUCCGGUUAGUCACUUCCUGUUUUAUGUAAUAUAAAUAAGCCAGCUUCUCUGUGGCAAUGUACAACAACAAUAAAAAUAUAGUCAAAGUAUACUUCACAAUCCUUAUCAAUCUGAGAGUUAGAUCGAGUCAAGACAACAUAACAGAAGUCACAUCGGUUUCCUUUUGCGCACCACCCUCGGCGCCUAAUGAAUGGAGAGGGGGUGUUGUGCUUUGCUCGAGGGUGUCGAUUAUUGCCCAAGUUAUUCUGGUUGUCAGGUUGUGGAUUGUAUAUUAUGUUAAUCCCUUUUUUCGAUUUGGUAGUUAGGUCUAUUGUCACGCGCUGAUUGUCAUGAGAAACUGGAACUUGUGUACUAUUGAGCAAUGAGCGGUUUUCAUUAGUUGAAAUUUCAUUAAAACUUGGAUUGUUAAUACUCAGAUUAGUGGGUUGGUCAUUAACUUGGGAUUCACAUUGGUCAUUAACUACAUUAGUCAUUAUGUUAAUCCGUUCAUUCCGCUGGGUAGCUAGAUCAUUGUCAAGCGCUGCUUUUCAUGGGGAUCCGGAACUUGUGUACCAUUAAUUAAGCAGAGAGGAGUUUUCCUUGGUUGAAGUUUCAAUAAACCUCGAAUUGUUGGCAAUCAAAUUAGUCGGUUGGUCUUUGUCGUGGAAUCCACAUUGGUCAUUAACCUGGGUUGUACUGGCAGACUCAUUAGCACGUUCAUUAUUCACAUGGUCAUGGAAGAUUACUUUAUAAGUUAAAUUUUUAAAAGAGGAUAAUUUAGAUUUUAAAAUUAAAUUAUCUUCUGAGAGCUUGAGAAUUGCGUCAUCCUGAUGUCGGAUGACACCUUCUAGAUCUUUGACUUUAAAUUUAAAUUUAAGCGAGCAAAUGUCUGACUUAUUCUCCUUUAUGGUAUUGAGUAGCCGGGUUUCCAAAAUUACCAUCUCGAGUUUUAUACCCUCUAUAACUACAGAGCAAGUACUGUUAUGACUAGAUACCUCGUUUUCAAUGAUGCGUGACGAACCUCGAUCAGUAUUCGCUUCCAUGUUAAGAUCGUUGUUGAUAGUCUUCUCCACGUCGUCUGGCUUUGAGAGGAUAUUUUUUAUUCGCUUUACCAAAUUUCCCGCUUUGACUCCGUCAAAAAUUAUUGCUCCACUCUUCGAGUGCCACGUAAUCUCAAGAUCUUCGCAGGUGAAACACCACUUGCCGCCGCUUGGUGAUCGCCAGACGGCGCUUUCUGCGGCUUUUUCAUUGAUUAUUGUUGACACAAAUGUUUUUAAGUCAUUUAGGGUUCCACUCCAUGUUAAUUUGUUUUUCUUUUGGCCGAAGAAAGCCAUCAAACUCGCUGUCGAUAAAUUCAGAAAGAUAUUAUCAGAAAGGUUUUAUCAGAGAGCUCAUCACAGAGCUCCUUACAGCACGCCAUGAUGCUCAUGAUCAAAGGGUAAAAUAAGGGUAAUAAGCAGUUCUACCCCAUAAGGAUCUCAAAGGCUACAUAUGAUGAGCAUAUGGAGCUUCUACUCCUGGGUGAUGGUGAAGGUAGUAGACAUUACGUGCUUAUAAAGGAUGUAAACAGAAUGCUGUGUAGUGUGAGUAAGCAUGGACACAAGCAACACUUCUGCUUACACUGUCUUCAUAGUUGCGUUAGCGAGGAGGUACUGGAGAAGCAUAAAGAAACAUGUCUGGAGGUAAAUGGAACUCAGGCUGUAAAGCUUCCCAAGGAAGGGACAAAAAUAAAGUUCAAAAAUCAUAGGAACUCAAUGCCUGUGCCGUUUGUGAUAUACGCUGAUUUUGAGUCCAUACUGGUGCCUGAGGAGAGAAAAGAGAAGUCAGAGAACCCUGAGGAUGAAAGUAGUACGGACCUUUACCAGACACACAAGGCUUGUAGUUUUGGUUUGAAAACAGUCUGCCACUAUGAUGAUAAGUACUCCGGUGAGUAUAAGAGUUACGUUGGAAGUGACGCUGCAUUGGUCUUCCCAAAGACUGUAGUAAAAGUGUCCUUCAGAUGUAGGGAAAUGACUGACAAAAUAUUCAGGAAGAAAAUGGUAAUUAUACCCAAAGAGGAAGCAGAAUUCCUGGUUACAAGAAACUGACACAUAUGUGGUAACGACCUAUGUGAGGACCGUGUGAGAGACCAUGACCAUGUAACAGGUAAGUACCGCGGAGCUGCUCACAAUAUAUGCAAUCUUAAGUAUAGAAUUACAUGGAAAGUACCUGUGGUCUUCCACAACCUUAGAGGUUAUGAUAGUCAUCUGAUUAUGCAGGAAAUUGGUAAGUUCAAGAUGGAUGUUAAUGUGAUCCCAAAUAAUAUGGAAAAAUACAUCUCAUUCUCACUGGGUAAGAAUCUGGUCUUCAUAGACUCUAUACAGUUCAUGGCUUCUUCACUGGAAGCACUGGUAAGCAACCUUUCACAUGAGGACUUCAGGAUAGUAGGUAAGAGGUGGAAGGGCGAGGACUUCAAUCUAGUGACACAAAAAGGAGUGUUCCCAUAUGAGUUCCUAGAUGAUAUUAGCAAACUCAAUAAAGAAGGUCUUCCGAGCAAGGAUAAGUUCUACUCGUUACUGUAUGAGUCAGAGGUGAAGGAAGAAGAUUACCAGAGAGCUCAGAAAGUAUGGGAUCACUUCAACAUGAAAACCAUGAGAGAUUACCAUGAUCUCUACUUAGAGACUGACGUUCUUCUGCUGGCUGAUGUAUUCGAAAACUUCAGGAGAACAUGUCCGGAAAGUUAUAAACUUGACCCAGCACAUUAUGUGUCAGCACCUAGUCUGAGUUGGGACGCUUUCCUGAAAAAGUCAGGUGAAGAAAUAGAACUCGUAAGCGAUAUGGAUAUGUUCCAGUUCUUUGAGAAGGGUAUGAGAGGUGGUACAAGUUAUAUUGCCCAUAGACACUCCGCAGCUAAUAAUAAGUACAUGGAGACGUACGAUGAGUCGUCUGAGAACAAGUACCUAAUGUACCUCGACGCUAAUAAUUUAUAUGGCUGGGCGAUGUCACAACCACUACCUAACGGAGAGUUCGAGUGGGUUGAGGAGUUGACGGUAUGAAUCUAGAGGAUUACUUGGGAGACGACGGAAGAGGGAUGGUUCUGGAGGUUGACCUGGAAUAUCCACAAGAACUUCACGACCUACACAACGGUUAUCCUCUAGCACCGGAGAGUACGGAAAUCAGUGCUUCUAUGUUGUCAGAUUAUGCGAAGAGUAUUGCUGAGAAAUUCCAACUGACAAUUGGAGGAGUAAGAAAACUAGUGACUUCACUAGGCCCCAGAAAGAAGUAUGUUUUACAUGUACGUAAUCUGAAACUGUACACAGACCUUGGGAUGAAACUCACGAAGGUCCAUAGAGCGGUUACAUUCAAGCAGUCUCCCUGCCUUAAGGACUAUAUAGACUUCAAUACGAAGAAAAGAUCAGUAGCCCGUACCACGUUCGAAAAGAACUUCUUCAAGUAGAUGAACAACUCGAUCUACGGAAAGACUAUGGAGAAUCUUAGGAAAAGGGUUGAUGUGAAAUUAGUGUCCUCCAAAGACGACCUCCUAAAACUGACAGCAUCACCGUGCUUCCAGUCACACCGAAUCAUGAAUGAGAAUCUUAUAGUUGUAAAAAGGAUGAAAGAAGUGCUAACGCUGAAUAAGCCGUGUUAUGUGGGAAGGAGCACCUUAGACUUAUCUAAGAUUUUAAUGUACAAUUUCCACUACAACACAAUUAAGAAGGAGUACGGUAAUAGUUGGAGGUUACUGUUCACCGAUACUGACAGUCUGAUGUACGAACUGAAGACGGAUGAUGUCUAUGAGUACUUCAGGAGGAUCGGCGAAGAGCAGGAUUGCUGGGAUAAUUCAGAUUACCCAAAAGACAGCCCUUACUACUCAACCCAUAACAAGAAGGUUAUUGGUAAGUUUAAGGAUGAAGCUGGAGGAGUACAUAUAAUUGAGUUUAUUGGGUUAAUUUAAGGUCAAAAAUGUACUCCUAUCUCGAGGAAAAUGGUGGAGGUGGAAUGGCAGCUAAAGGGGUUAAGAAGUAUGUCAUCAGAAACAGGCUCACUCAUGAGAACUUCAAGAAUGUAAUCAACACGAAGGGUAGGAUGAGACACAACAUGAAUACAAUCAGGAGCACGAAGCAUACAAUCGGAACUUGUGAAAUGAGGAAGGCUACUCUGAGUUGCUUCGAUGAUAAAAGGUAUCUUUUGGAGGAUGGAGUUACCAGUUAUGCUUAUGGAAACAAGAAUAUAAAAAAUAGUGAAUGAGAAGAUCCCACAGAGUAGAAA